AGGAAAUAAAUUUAAUUUUUUCAAAAGAAAUUCGAUUGUAAUAGUAUCAACAUGAAUCCAACGGAACCAACAAGUACCGAAACGUUAAGUUCCAAAAUGAAAGAUGUUAUUGAUGUGCUAGCCAUGCAAAGGGAAAAGAGAAAUACUUUACAAAAAAGUAUUACGAUUGAUUAUACCAAAGGUAGUGACAGCUUCACCGUUUCCAGAUUUAUAUUCGAAUGUGGCUUAAAACUGGAAGCUCAUCCAUUAACUAUUGCCACAGCUGCAACUUUAUAUCAUAGGUUUACAAAAGAGGCUACCCCAGGAGGUUACGAUAACUAUCUAAUUGCUGCCACUUGUCUUUAUCUGGCUGGAAAAGUGAAAGAUGACAAUUUGAAAAUCAGAGAUGUGAUGAAUGUGUCUUAUAGCACUCUACAUAGAGGAUCUCAGCCUUUAGAAUUGGGAGAUCAGUAUUGGAGCAUGAGAGAUGCAAUCGUUCAAGCAGAACUUUUAAUAAUGCGUAUGCUGAAGUUUCAAGUGACCCCUAUUCAUCCACACAAAUACAUGUUGCACUAUCUCAGAUCCUUACAAGCAUGGUUUGGGGAAGAGGAGUGGUCUAAAUAUCCAGUUGCAAAAACCAGUAUGGCACUCCUACAAGAUUUUCAUCACUCGUCUGCCAUUCUCGAUUAUCAACCAAAUUUAGUAGCUAUCGCUUGUAUUAAUUUGUCGCUACAAAUUUAUGGUGUUGUAGUACCAUUAAUGGAUGAGUGUGAUCAACAGCCAUGGUUUAAUGUAUUCUGCAAAGAAUUAACAAGAGACAAGCUUUGGGAAAUAAUGGAAAAGGUCAUGGCUGCGUACGAUGAAGAACCAGAAACUAGAGAUAACUGAUACAUUUUAGCUUAUCAUUUUAAUGUAUAAAACAUUCAAGCUCAGUGUAUAUUAACACAGAAACUGGUAUUAAUAUAAUACAAAAAUAAAUUGA